AUGUCACGACGUCGUCAUGAAGAAACUGGUGAACAACAAUGGGCCCGGCUAAUGGAGGAUUACGAACGGAUGCUUCAAGAGGAUCGAAGACCGAAGCGUCGACGUAUUAAAUACUCCAGCUCCAGUAGUGAAGAGGAAGAUGUGCCACCCGAAGAACAUCUAAGUCCUACGAAUGUUGAUGCUGAGGUUAUAGAAGAAACUAAUCCUGUUGUUGUUCCCGACAAUGAAGAGGUCGCGGAUAAUUUUGACCCAGAUUUAUUAAAAGUUCUUGGCGAAACGGAAUCCGAGCAAGGUGAAUUUGGAGUGGACCUGCAACCCGACAUCGCCAGUCGUUUCCAACAAAUUUUGAUAAACGGCUUAAAAAAGGAAACGCGGGAGGAGUUAUUGAAAAAAUAUUUGUUUCCCAGCAAUGUGCCUCUGGCUAAAGCUCCUACACUGAACCCGGAGGUAGCAGCGAUGCUUGUGGAAACUUGCCGGUUACGGGACAAGCGAUUAUAUGUUAAGCAGGAUCAGCUUGGGAAGGCUCUUGCGGCUGUCGGGAAGGCCCUGACAUCUUUAUUAAAGAAGAGCCCUGACAUUCCCGAUGUGAUAUCUACUUUGAAUGAUGCCGGCAAACUAAUCGCCGAUUCUCAUUAUGCGGAAACCGACACCCGUCGAUCAGUCAUAAUCCCUCUUGUGGAUAAAUCUCUUAUUGAAUCCUUUAAGGACAGGAAAAGAGAUAGUUUUUUGUUCGGUGACAAAUUGGGCGACUUAGUAAACAAUUCAAAGGGCAUAAAGAAGACAAGUCAAAUUAUACAGGCAUCAACAUCUGCAAACGCAGGGUUAAACUCGACAGGCCCACCGCCGUAUCGACCGCGGCAACAACGAGCCAGGCAAUACUACCCGCGUCGUGUCGGUGGGCCGCCGACGACCUACCCUCCGCACCAGUUCGCGAAUCGCCGGCGCGAACUACCGAUGCGAGCGCCCGGCCGACGUUACCCCCCGCCGCCUCCGCCGCCGCCACCACCGCGCGCUCGUCGUCACCCGCCGCAGGCGCAUCGUUCAACUUAUCGGGAUCGGGACCGCAAUUAGACUUACAGUCUCAGGUACACGCAGGUCGUUUGCGACAUUUUUUACCAGAAUGGCGUUUGCUUACGAAUGAUAAUUUUAUUUUACGUGCUGUUUCAGGAUAUAAGAUCCCAUUUGUCACUGAACCAAAACAAGCUUUAAGUGAUUAUCCAAAAAGACUUUUUUCCAAAAAUGAGUUAAUUGCAAUUAAACAGGAGUUGACGCAUUUCAUUGAAAUUGGGGCAAUUAAAAAAUGUUUUCCUGUUACUGGACAAUUUGUUUCGGAUGUCUUUCUAGUACCGAAAAGUGAUGGCAGUAUGCGCUUUAUACUAAAUCUCAAAAAGUUAAACAAAUUCGUAAAUACA